GGUACAGAGUUGAGUCAGAGGGGCACGGGUAAGGUUUCCUCUGAGCGCUGCUGUGUAAACGAUUCACUCCUUCCUGCGUCUGUUCCCUAACCUGUGUCGCUUUCUCUUAGCCAUGGGCCGGUGGUCAACCCUAGGAAGCCUUCUGUUUUUCCUCGGGCUAUCUGGGAUCUGUACAGGAUUCGAACAAGAGAACUGUACCAACUACAUGCUCCAGUUCAAGAGGGUUUACUCGGUUCCCGGGGAUGUGGCUAUGCUAACCAGCACCCUGGCGUCUUAUGACAUCUUCAACAUUUCAGCGGUGCCCUACAACAUCACCUGGUACGACUCAAAGACGCGCCAAGAAAUAAGUAACGAGACCGGACGAACCGUGGUGCGCGGAGAGACUCUAUGGUUUCUGAACACAAAGCUGGGCGACGAUGGAGAAUACGUGAGCGUACUGAGAACUCCCUCUAGGUGCUACAGGCAGAACACCAGGCUGAUAGUGGAGCUGCCGGUUCCUGGAAAGUGUGGCAGGCCGAGGAAAGCUUACCAAACGAUCACCAAGGGGGUCACCGACUACCUGGGCUGCCCUCUGAAGGAAUACAUCAGCAAACUGAACAGCUACAACACCACCUUCUCCUUGAUGUGGUACAAAGGCUGUGCCCCCAUUGUGGAUGGGAAUGACAGCUAUAGCUACGAGGAUAACGCCAAACUGAAGAUUGAUAAGGUGGAAACUAAAAGCCAACAGUCCUACACCUGCACUCUGACCUUCACUCUCGAUGGCACCGUCGGAUCUGUUUCAGAGUCGAUUGAGGUGUCAGUCACAGCAAAGUACUCUUUGACACCACAAGUGCGCCAACCAGCCGGUGAGAUAAUCAAGUCACCGAUAGGGUCAACUUUCAGCCAACUGUGCCAGGUGUUUGUGCCUUGUGUCGGGAAGCCUUCGGUUGAUGUUUAUUGGUCCGUCCAAAGAGAUUUAAUUAUGGAAACAAACGCCUCCAAACGUGUCUACACAUCAGAAAAACUGACUAGAAGCCAGACUGUUCCUGUUGAGGGUGUGUGGAUGGAGCGUGUGCUGACGAUUUCUAAGCUACAGGAGAAGGAUUACAACAUCAACUACACUUGUCGUGCGUUCAGUGCCAAAGGAAACCCUCUGAGCUACUUUACUCUGCUGCCAACAGGUCAAAACCCAGCGCGUAAAGUUUAAACCUCUGUUGUUUUUUUCAUUCUUUGUGGGCUGUCAGGGAAACCUGUGUUAACAUCUCCUAUUGUUUGUAUUAUCCAACCAAAAGGUCAAAAAGUAAGACCCUUAGAUAUCAUCAUUUAUUCACAAGUUAAAUAAAAACAAAAGGUACAAUCAUGAGACGUACUGCGGACACCAGUAGAACAUUUUCACCACUUUAAAAAUUGCAGUACACAUCAAGAGCUGUACACAUGCCGCGUUCUUUGCGUGGCUGUGUCUUUAGCUGUAAGCCCAGUGGCGAUCUGUUCAUCUGUCAUACUAAUCAUACAAUAAAGCCAUUGAAAAGAAUAGGAUAAGUACAAGUA